AUGGCCGACCAAGAAGAUCACAGGGCCACAGCGCCUGAAGGUGCGACGGAUGAAUCCAUGGCUGUCGCUCCCGCAGGAGAGAAACGGGUGGUCAAGAAGCUGGUUCGCAAAAAGAAGAAGCCGGCAAGAGUACAGAUAGACCCCAGCGAAUUCACAUCAGAGCCGCCGCCGCAAACAGGAACGACGUACAAUAUCUGGUUCAACAAAUGGGCUGGCGGAGACCGGGAGGCAUACCAACAGACCAAGUCCAAGGGGCGAUGCAACAUCGCGACGGACGCAGGCUACACGACUGCUGACAAGGUGACGGGAAGCUAUUUCUGCCUGCGGUUUGCACGGGGACUCUGCCCCCUCGGCCAGGACUGCACGAAUCUGCACCGAUUACCGGGGACGUUUGACUUAUUCAACCCUAAUGUCGAUUGCUUCGGCCGCGAAAAGUUUAGCGACUACAGAGACGACAUGGGUGGUGUUGGUAGCUUCAUGCGGCAGAAUAGAACCGUCUACGUGGGCCGAAUUCACGUCACGGAUGAUAUUGAAGAGAUUGUAGCUCGUCAUUUCGCAGAAUGGGGCCAAAUCGAACGAGUCCGCGUCUUGAACUCUCGAGGCGUCGCCUUCAUCACAUACACCAACGAAGCCAAUGCCCAAUUCGCCAGAGAGGCCAUGGCUCAUCAAUCCCUCGACCACGACGAAGUCCUCAACGUGCGAUGGGCCACGGCCGAUCCUAAUCCCAUGGCCCAGGCGCGUGAAGCGAGAAGAGUGGAAGAACAGGCCGCGGAAGCCAUUCGCCGAGCUCUGCCCGCAGAAUUCGUGGCCGAAAUCGAAGGCAAGGACCCGGAUGCCAGGAAACGAAGGCGGAUAGAAGGCAGCUACGGGUUGGAAGGGUAUGAAGCACCCGACGACGUGCACUACGCCAGGGGUAAACAUGCAGUGAACCCCGUUGGUCGCCAAGGACACGAAGUCGAAUACCAGGAGCCGCUGAUGCUCGAAAACGGCCAGUCAGCCGAUGGAUCUGCCGGUGCAACAGCAGCAGCAGCACCAGAACAGUCUGGCAUAUUUUCUGGCAGCACCCUGGCGGCACUCAGCAAGGCCAAGGUGGCCGUGGCAUCAAAACCCAAGGCGGCAGCGUCCACAGGGCCGCUUGUAUCUUAUGACAGCGAUAGUGAUGACGAAUAA